GGAGUAAUCAAUGGAUUCACACAAGUAUUCAACGGCACAGAAGUGGACACAUAUUUGGGUAUUCCAUACGCGGAGCCACCGGUCGGUGACCUCCGCUUCCGAAGACCAGUGCCGGCGAAGAAGUGGUCAAAACCUUUGGACACAAUUAAAUGGCCAAAUGCUUGCUAUCAAUCAGACGUUGAGUUACCAAUGAUGCACAACAAAAAUCGUAGCGAAGAUUGUCUUUAUCUCAAUGUAUUUUCACCCAAACCUAAUAAGUCGGACACUGGACUCAAACCAGUGAUGGUAUGGAUAUAUGGCGGGGCUUUCAUUAUAGGCUCGUCCAGUGAUUCGAGAUAUAAUCCAAUCGUAUUGUCCACGAGAGGGGAUGUGAUCUUUGUGUCUAUUAAUUAUAGAUUGUCGUCUUUGGGAAUGUUAUACUCGGGAACAGAUGACGCGCCCGGAAAUACACUCUUCUGGGACCAGACAUUAGCCCUUCAAUGGGUUAAGACAAAUAUUGGACACUUUGGAGGAGAUCCCAAUAGAGUGACUAUAUAUGGACAGAGCGCUGGCAGUAUAUCAGUGUCUGGUCUUAUAUUAUCGCCAAUUAGCCGAGAUUUGUUUCAAAACGCUAUAAUGAUGUCCGGAUCGAUGCUUCUCUAUGGAGGCGUCGAUACACCAGAAAAUGCACUCAAAUAUUGGUUAAAACAAUCGCAACAAAUCGGGUGUUCAGAUGAAAGUGACCACAAGUUUACACCAAAAAUAAUGGAUUGCUUAAGAAAAGUGCCGAUUGAAAAGUUGGCUGCAAUUCCUAUCAGUCCUUUCAUACCAUCGGCUGAUAAGUUAGAUGUCGUUCCCAUGUUUGUCGUCGACGGAAAGAUAUUUCCCAAAACUCCGAUUGAAAUGUUAGAAACAGGAGAUUAUAAGAAGGGUUUGAAUCUAAUGAUAGGCAACACUCAAGACGAGGGGUCUAUACUAUUGGCGGCGUUAGUCGAUCCGAUCACUUAUAACAUAAUUAAUCCCAAAAACUUUACAUAUAAUGAAGCAUUUGAUGCAUUGAAGACAUUAUCUUCCGGACUAAAAGUUAGUAAACCGCUUAACGGCGAAGACGUCUCCCGAAUGUAUUUCACGGGUCUCUCCACUCAUACCCACAAAGACUUAUUGAUCCGAGAAAUUGGUAUUGCUUUCGGUGAUUAUGUUAUCACUUGUCCGACCAUUCAGUUCGCGAAAAAUGCCUUUUUAAGUGAUAAAACCGGAACUAAAGUCUUUCAAUACUACUAUAACAGCAAAUUAGGAAAACCUAAGUUAAUUUGUUUAGGGAAAUGGAUGGGUGUUUGUCAUGGAAAUGAUUUAAUACCAGCAUUUGGUUUACCAUUUCUUCAGCCAAAUGAAUACUUAGAUCGCGAGAGAGACAUAUCCUCACAAAUGAUGGACUCUUUCAUUACUUUUGCCAAAACUGGUAACCCGGGUGUUAUAGACGGCGCCCAAUGGCCGCAAUACUAUUCAAUGGGAGCCAAUAUAAUAGCGCCGUAUUAUGAGUACACAAAUGAACCGAAAUCUGUCACUAAUUUCAACAUUGGAUUAAAGAUCGAUGAAUGCGAUUAUCUNUGUGUAAUGAUAACAGAAUAG